CUGGGUGGGCCCUUGGGUCAGUGGCCCGAAGAGGAAGGACCCAGCAGAUGCGGGUCGGGGCACCUCUAGCCAUCGGUGGUGCCUGUCUCAUUCUCUGCAGGUGAUGGAGUUGCAGGCCGCCUCUGUGCACAGUGAUGAGAGGGAGCUGCUCCAGCUGCUGUCCACCCCGCACCUGAGGGCUGUGCUCAUGGUACGUGACACAGUUGCCCAGAAGAAUUUUGACCCCGUUCUCCCACCUCUGUCUGACAAUAUCGAUGAGGAUUUUGAUGAGGAAUCUGUGAAGAUCGUCCGCUUGGUGAAGAACAAGGAACCCUUGGGUGCCACCAUCCGGCGGGACAAGCACUCAGGGGCUGUUGUGGUGGCCAGGAUCAUGCGAGGAGGCACAGCAGACAGGAGUGGCCUGGUCCACAUUGGAGACGAGCUCCGAGAAGUGAAUGGGAUGGCAGUCCUGCACAAGCGGCCCGACGAGAUCAGCCAGAUUCUGGCCCAGUCCCAGGGAUCCAUCACCCUAAAAAUCAUCCCAGCCACCCAGGAGGAAGAUCGCUUAAAGGAGAGCAAGGUGUUCAUGCACGUCCUCUUCCACUACAACCCUCACGAGGACCGGGCCAUCCCUUGUCAGGAGGCGGGCCUGCCCUUCCAGUGCAGGCAGGUCCUGGAAGUGGUGAGCCAGGACAACCCCACGUGGUGGCAGGCCAAGCGAGUCAGGGACACCAACCUUCGAGCCGGCCUCAUCCCCUCCAAGUGGUUCCAGGAGGGCCAGAGGGGCCUGCUGAGCGUUGUUUCCCCAAG